AUGUCGACCGUCUCUCCAACCCGCCCACUCACCGACUCCAACAACCAACCCCCUCACCCGACGACCCCCAACCCACGCGCCCUUUCACCAACUCCUACCCCUUUCAACUGGCCAACGACCCCAAAACCUUUUCACUCCUCUACCAACCCCAACCCCUCUCACCCGUCAACAGACCCCAACCCCUCUCACCCGCCAACUGACCCCCAACACCCUCUCACCCGCCAACUGACCCCAACAACUCACCACCCCAUCCACGGCCCUAACCGCCAGGCAGCCACCCCCACCGGUCCCCAAACUCCAACCCCUAGACCUCUGAGAAGUGGCCAAGAUGACCUCCCCCCCACGCGAAAACUCUUCUGUGAACUCGAGAUCUACAAAGAUAACCACAACAAGAGACAUUUAAAAAAGAGAUUCCCCAACAAGAAACAUUGA